AUCGCCCCGCAGACCUUUGGAGAACUUACCAAAGACGAGGCGGCCAUCGAUUCUGUUGGCGACCGCAACGAGUUGUUCAAGAUUGAACGCAAGGGCUGGAAGGGGUGAGCAAUCUGAUGAGGGGAUUUCUCCGCAACUCCGCAGCACAAGAGUCCGGUGCAAAAGUCGAGAGGCCACCGCUAACACGAUCUGUAUGCUCCUGUAGUUUCGUCGAAUGGGAGAACUACCCCGAGAAGAAGGCUGCCGCGCACAAGAUCCUCACGUCGCAGACAUGGCCGCCGAACCCGGAGUACCAGCUGGGCGAGAUCCCGCCCACGAACCCCGUGCUGCCGGGCACGCGCUGGAAGAUGUGGCACAACGCCAUUGGCGGCGAGCUCGAGGCCGUCCCGGGCGACUCGUGGGACCUGGUGCUCAAGGAGAAGGAUCCCAACAUGCUUCACCUUCUGCAGUUCCCCUACAAUGGAGAACCGCCGAAGCGCCUGGUGACUGACAAGGCCAUCACGCCCAACCCGCUCCAUUUCGUCCGGAAUCAUGGCGGUAUACCAAUCAUCGACAAGGACGACUUCAGCUUUCUCGUCGACGGUCUCGUGGCCAAUCCCCAGUCUUUCACAUUGGCAGACCUCCAAGACGAAUCGAGAUUCCCCAGGAUGAAGAAGCACAUCACGAUGCAGUGCUCCGGCACUCGCCGCAUCGAGCAGAUCCUCAAGUACCCGGGCCAGGGCGACGAAGUGCCCCAGGCGCCCUGGGCUGAAGGUGCCAUCGGCACUGCCGAGUACGAGGGCAUCUCUCUCAAGAAGGUCAUCAAGGCCUGCGGAGGCCUGAAGGAGGGAGCCAAACAUCUCGAGUUCUACGGCGCAGACACCUACUUCAAGGACGACAAGUGCAUGAACUACCUGGUCAGUGUGCCCUGGUCAAAGGUCAAGGCCAACGAAGUCAUGCUGGCGUGGAAUAUGAACGGCGAGCCGCUGCCCCGGAUCCACGGGUACCCGCUGCGGAUCAUGGUGAUGGGAUACAUCGGGGCGCGGGGCGUCAAGUGGCUUUACCGGAUCAAGGCCAUCGAGCAGCCCAGCAGGGCCCCCGUCCAGAGCCAGGAGUACCUGUACUUCCCUCAGCAGGUGGCCAAGCACAACUUCCGCCUCACGGACGGCAUCCAGAUCCAGGAGAUGCCCGUCAGCUCCGCCAUCAUGUCGCCGUGGACAAAGCAGGUCGUCGUCCACGAGGGCCACAUCCGGUGCAAAGGCUGGGCCUACUCAGGCGGCGGCCGCUGGCCGGAGCGGGUCGAGCUGUCGGCCGACGGCGGGUUCAACUGGUACACGGUGCCCGAGGAGAACCUGUCCAAGAAGCGCCGCUGGACGUGGCGCACCUGGGAGCUCGACCUGCCCUGCGACGUCGAGGGCUGGGUCGAGAUUGUCGUGCGCUGCUGGGACAACUCGCUCAACACGCAGCCUCCCGACGUGCGGACCGCCUGGAACUGGGGCCUGCACGUCACGAGCUCGUGCCACCGCAUCAACAUCUUCAGCGUCAACAAGAAGCACCCCCUCACCAAGGCGAGGCUCGACGAGAUGGAAAAGCGCGGCGUGCCCUUUGCGCCGCUGACCGUGCCCCUGAGCUUCCCGGCCCAGGCGUGGCCGGAUUACGAAAAGUACUGGAAGGAGCAUGACCCGCGCGAUGCCGAGGAUGACUGAGCGGAGGAGGGAGGAGGGAUAUGACGGGAUGUAGAGUUCAGAGCAAGAGCAAGCACACCGCCCGGUUUAGAUUGGCUUCACUCAAGGGGGAUACUGCUCAGCAAAAUUCGGCUCCUUAUGCUUAGCGAAAUAUUCAGAUAAUCUUUUGUGCAAGAAC